AUGGCUGAAAACAAGAGUGGGAAGCAAGCUACAUUGGGGUAUGUUCGCAAUUCACAGCAGACGAUUGGGAGGUUCUUUGGCUCGAACGCCAACGCAAAUCAAGCCCCCAAAAAGCAAACUACGUUAGCUUUUGGCGGCAAAAGACAACGGGCAAACAGCGGUGCUGCUGAUGAAGAUGCCAAGCAGGAUACAGAUAAUGUUAAAGCGGAGGUGGACACCGAUGCAGCGCCCACUGAUGCCCUGGCGCAAGGAGUGAAGCGGGAAAAAAGUCCGGAUGCAGAAGAAAGCGACGGCUCAGAUGUACAGCCUGUCUCCAAACGCCGCAGAAAAGCUUCAGCUACUGCCUCACCAGCUGCCAAGAAACAGACACCGUCCCCGAAAAAGCCCAAAGCCACGAAACCCAAGGCUGAAUCACAAUCACCAAAACCCGCUACAAAGCAAGAGAGCUCUGCCGACGUGACAUCUGCAGAGAAAGCAUCUGCAGAGAUUAACAAGGAGGAAGAGUUGUCAGAAAGUGAAGAGGAGGAGGACCUCAAGCCCGAGCUCAAGAAGAAAUCCAUCGAGAAGUUCCAAGCCAAAUUGAAAGGCAGCGGAAAAGAUCCAUAUCCGGACUGGAAAGCCGGCGAGCCAGUUCCCUAUGCCGCGCUAUGCACCACUUUCUCCCUAAUCGAGAUGACCAGAAAGCGAUUGGAGAUUACGGACCAUUGUUCGCUGUUCCUUCGACAGGUUCUUCGUCUGACCCCCGCGGAUUUCCUUUCCACCGUCCAGUUGAUGAUCAAUAAAUUGGCUGCUGAUUAUGCCGGAAUUGAACUGGGUAUUGGAGAGUCAUUGAUCAUGAAAGCCAUUGGUGAAAGCACUGGUCGCAGUCUUGCUAUCAUCAAGGCCGACCAAAGGGAAAUCGGAGACUUGGGACUGGUGGCUGCCAAGAGUCGCGGAAACCAACCCACUAUGUUCAAGCCCAAGCCUUUGACUGUCCGUGGUGUCCAUGAAGGAUUACUGGCAAUCGCUCAGGUCCAGGGCCAUGGAUCCCAAGACAAGAAGAUUUCGGGUAUCAAGAAACUGUUGUCUGCAGCCGAUGCCGCAACUGCUGGCAAGGGAGGCAAAGGAGUGGACAUCACCAAGGACAAGGGCGGUGCCAGCGAAGCCAAAUUCAUUAUUCGCUUCCUGGAAGGAAAAUUGAGACUGGGACUUGCAGAAAAAACGGUGCUCGUAGCUGUUGCUCGGGCAGUCCAGGCCCAUGAAGCCGAAGUAAACGGCGAGGCAAUCCCAUCCACAGAGAAGAUGGUUGCAGGAGAAAACAUCUUCAAGUCUGUCUACAGUGAGCUUCCUGCUUACGAGGUGAUCAUUCCCGCCAUCCUUGAACACGGUCUUUUCAAGCUACCUGAAGUCUGCAAACUUUCACCCGGCGUUCCUCUCAAGCCCAUGCUUGCCAAGCCCACUAAAUCCAUCAUUGAGGUUCUCGACCGCUUUGAGGGCAAAGAGUUCACCUGCGAGUAUAAGUACGAUGGAGAGAGAGCCCAGAUUCAUUUCGUGUCGCCAGACUCCAUCCACCAAUACCCUAAUGCGAAGAAUACAUUACAAAAGGACAGCAAGGGGCUAUGCUCAAUCUUUUCCCGCAACUCCGAAGAUCUUUCCAAGAAGUAUCCCGAUGUUCUAGCCAAGCUAGACACCUGGGUCAAAGACGACGUGAAGAGCUUUGUGCUUGAUUGUGAGACCGUUGCAUGGGACACAAUCAACAAAAAGGUUCUUCCAUUCCAGCAACUGAUGACCCGCAAGCGCAAGGAUGUCAAGGCCGAUGAAGUUACAGUCAAGGUUUGCGUGUUUGCGUUUGAUUUGCUCUUCUUUAACGGAGAGCCAUGUGUUAAGAAGUCUCUCCGGGAACGUCGACGACUCAUGCAUGAAUGCUUCCAGCCGGUGGAGGGAGAGUUCCAGUUCGCCCAGUACGGCAACACGAACGUCCUCGAUGAGAUCCAGGAAAUGCUUGAGGACAGUGUGAAAGCCUCGUGUGAGGGUCUCAUGGUGAAGAUGCUAGACACAGAUGAGAGUGGCUACGAGCCCAGCAAGCGGAGUCGCAACUGGCUCAAGGUCAAGAAGGAUUAUCUUGCCGGCGUCGGUGACUCUCUCGAUCUUGUCGUACUCGGUGCUUACUACGGACGUGGUAAACGUACUUCCGUCUUCGGUGCUUUCCUUCUCGCUGCCUACAACCCUAACAAGGACACCUACGAAACCAUAUGCAACAUCGGUACUGGAUUCUCUGAGGCACUGCUCGAAGAGCUCCACAAGACCCUUAGCCCGUUGGUGAUCGACCGCCCAAAGCCCUUCUACACUCACUCGACUGUACCCAAGGAUCAGCCAGAUGUCUGGUUCGAACCGCGACUAGUAUGGGAAGUGAAGACCGCCGAUUUGACGCUUAGUCCCCGCUACCAGGCCGCUGCCGACGAGUUCGAGGGUACAACGGGUGGUGGCAAAGGUGUUUCUCUGCGUUUCCCGCGGUAUAUCAAAGCCCGCGAUGACAAAAAACCGGACGAAGCCACCACUACCCGUGCUGUGGCGGAAAUGUACCGCAAGCAAGAAGCGGUCACCAAGGAGAGCGCCAGUAAGGGCGGUGUGGAUGAUGACUUUGAGUAUUGA